CUUAUCUUGCACUGUUUUUUAGUAAAAAAAUAAAGAACAACAUACUAACCCACAUUGAGCCAAACAGAAAGCAUGAUAUAAAGAUUACCUAGUAGGCUGUGGUUGUUGAUUACUGUUGUGAUUUAUUAAUUUUGACAGUUCAGUUCAUUCAACUCAAUUUUGAUACUUAAAAUACCUGUACAGUGUUAUUUGAUAAUGGUUGAGUUUACUAAUCAAGAGUUGGCAGACAUUCAUUACAUGUAUGGCUUGGCUGAUGGCAGAGCGCCAGAGGCUAAACGAUUAUAUCAAGAGCGUUUCCCGAAUAGAGUCACACCAGAUAGACGAACAUUCUCAAACAUACAUAGAACGUUGGCUGAAACAGGUACUUUUAAGCCAAAUAAUCAAUUAAAAGGUGCCCAUCGGACUACUAGAACUCCAGAAGUUGAAGAAGCAGUUUUAAAUUCAAUUGAUGAAAAUCCUAAUAUUAGCACUAGACAAAUUGGAAAUAACUUGAAUAUCUCGCACAUUCUAGUUUGGAGAAUUCUUCACGAUUUUCUGUUAUACCCGUAUCAUAUUCAACGGGUCCAAGCCUUACUUCCUCGAGAUUUUCCUUUGCGAAUCAACUUUUGUCAAUGGUUUUUGGAGAAAAUUGCGCAAAAUCCCUUGUUUGACUGUGAAAUAAUGUUUACAGACGAAGCUAACUUCUCUAGAAACGCUAUAAGAAAUUUCCAUAACAAUCAUGUUUGGGCCGAAGAAAACCCGCAUGC